GUUGCGUCACGUUAUGGGGACCCAUUAGAUUACACUAGAAAAGAAAAGACUUACGAUCACAAAGACAAUUAGACUUUUGGGUCCUUAUUAAACGUUAGGAGCAUAUAUACGCAUAUAUAUACCGACUAGCGAUAUGAUAACGCUUGCUGCUAUCAUUGGGACGAUGUGCGCGUGCGUUGAGGCCUCCAGACUCUUUGGUUUCAACUUUGGUUCUUGGAAGAAUCAAUCUAAUACUGUUUUGGAUUUUAAUGUGUACUGGAACGUACCUACCUUUAUGUGCCACCAGUAUGGUAUGCACUUUGAGGAGGUGAGCAAGGAUUAUGGAAUCCUUCAAAAUAUUAAAGAUGAUUUUCGUGGAGAUCAAUUGGCUAUACUGUAUGAUCCUGGAAUCUUCCCAGCUCUCCUGAAGGAUUCGAAUGGUAAACUCGUGAGACGCAAUGGCGGUGUGCCGCAAGAAGGUAAUCUUACCCUUCAUCUUACACUCUUUCGAGAACAUCUACUAGAACAGAUACCCCAUCAGGACUUUGCUGGACUCGGUAUAUUGGACUUCGAAAGCUGGCGUCCCAUAUUUCGUCAAAACUGGGCUUCACUGGCGCCGUAUCGAGAUUUGUCAACGGAAAUUGAACGGGCGAGACAUCCGUUCUGGGAUAAAAAGGCCAUUGAACGAGAGGCUGUUAGACGAUUUGAAAAAUCAGCCCGGCUCUUCAUGGCGGAGACACUCGAGGCUGCCAAAAUUCUUCGUCCUUCGGCUAGAUGGGCCUAUUAUGCUUAUCCAUAUUGCUUCAAUUUGACGCCGCAGCAGAAUAGUAUACGGUGUAGUCCUGCUGUAAUCGAAGAGAAUGAUAAGAUGUCCUGGCUUUUCGAUACCCAGGAUAUGCUGUUACCUUCUGUAUACCUAAGACUGAACCUAAAUAGUCGAGACAGGGUUGGCCUUAUCAAUGGGAGGGUGAAGGAAGCUCUUAGAAUCUCAAAAUGGAUGAAAUCACGUGCUCCUGUAUUUCCUUACUUCUGGUAUAAAUAUCAGGACGAUCGGGAUGUUUAUCUUAACGGGGAAGACGUUGAAAAUAGCAUGAAGGAAAUAGCCAAGCUCGGAGCUAAUGGAAUAGUAGUUUGGGGUAGUUCCCAGGACGUUAACAGUAGAGCCAAGUGUCAGAAAUUUCGAGACUAUGUCAAGGAUGUCCUCGGCCCUGUUGCAAGGAGUGUAAUACGUCCCAAGCUGGAGAAUAUGCAGGAAACUACAGUCAUUGGAGAAACUUCAACGAUCGAAGUAACUGCACCAAUAAAGGAAACUUCAGGAACGAAAGAAACGUCAGGACCAGAGGAAACUUCAGAAAUAGAGCAAACUCCAACAAUUACAGAAACUUUACCGAUAAAAGAAACUUCGCUUGUAAGUGAAACAAUUACAACAUCAAAAUCGGCCCAGAAAACUUCUCACGAAAAUCCUCCUACGAAUUCACGAUUGACAGAAUAUAAUAAUAAUUUGACUAGCAAUCAGCUUCAAAAUCAUCUUCGAAAUAAAUACGAACCUGAUGGCGUAGAUCGUAAUAGUAUCUCAGAAAAGGAUCGAUACGGGAAUGAAUCGGAAACCGAAAUUGUCAUCCAAUCCAAAACAGAGAAAGCGAUCGAGAAGAUUAUAUUACAAAAUGCAGAUCCAGAGAAUGACGGCAACGAGCGAGAAGAUGCUGUCGCAAGACCCUGAAGUCAAUCUUGUAAAUAAUACAAAGGAUAAUGAAUUUUUAACGUACACCAUCAGUUCAACAACCAUCAGCACGUUUGACGCGCCGGAAGAGACGACGGAGCCCCAACCAACGGAAGUAGCUUAACGCGAGGCACAAGUGAAUCUAGCAAAAAGAAUCCAAAGAGAAGCAUAAUUUUAUGAAAAAGAAAAAACGAUACCAAAAAGAUGAAAUCAGUAUUCCAAGAUUGUAUCAUCACACGAUACAAGUACGACUCAUCGCGAUGAUAUCUCGACAUGUAACGCGAGAAGCAAGAUCAAGUCGGAGCUUACAAGGCGAGUAGCCCCGCCUAAAAAAAAAGAUGAAAUAAAUAUUCUAUAGUCUAAAACCUUCUCUCAUUUAAUCGUAUCUGUAACAGAAUUCAAUUUCAAGGAUGAUGA